AACCAGCCUGUGUAUGUAGUUUCAUUUGGAGCUGCUUCAGUGAUAAGCAGGAUAUCAUUUUUUUAAAGGACUGUUUUGCAACAUAACAAGCUUUUCAACCAUGUUUUACGAAGGCCUGAAAGACAAGGUUGUUCUCAUUACUGGAUCUAGUUCUGGAAUUGGUGCAGGAACAGCUGAGCUCUUUGCCAAACAUGGAUCUAAACUUGUCCUCACAGGAAGGAAUACAACCAAUCUUGAAGAAGUUGCAAAGAAAUGCAUUGCUCUUGGCGUCAACAAAAGUGAUAUUUUGACCAUCACAGCUGAUUUGGCUAAGGAAGAGGACACUGUUGGACUGGUGGAGAAAACUUUGGCCAGAUUUUCAAGGCUUGACAUCCUGAUUGCAAAUGCUGGGAUUUGUCCUCCUGCAUACUUGGCAAACACAACCAUGGAACUCUAUGAUGAAGUCAUGAAUGUGAACCUGAGGUCUGUGUUUUUGCUUCUGAAAGUCGCCAUGCCCCAUUUGGAAGCUACCAAGGGUAGUGUGGUGGUGGUCUCCAGUGAUUCAGGUCUUAGGCCAUUCCCAUCCAUGGUGGCCUAUUGUGUAAGCAAAGCAGGACUGGACCAUUUGGUGAGAUGCUGUGCUUUGGAUGUUGCCAGGAAAGGCAUUAGGGUCAAUGGUGUCAAUCCUGGGGCAAUUUGGACUGAUGCCUACAAAAAGUACAACAUAAUUGGUUCCAACCCCACACCUGAUGAUCUGGAGGAAGUGUCAAAGGUUUACCAUGCACUGGGAAGAAGUGGGACUGUGGAGGAAGUUGGCAAGCUGAUUUGCUUUUUGGCCAGCAGUGAUUCAUCCUUCAUCACUGGCCAGACCAUUGCAAUUGAAGGUGGAGCAGGUCUCAUGGGUCCUGUUGGAUGUUGGGAAUGACAUCAAUCUUUUUCGCAAAAGAAACUUUCAAGCUAGUAUCAAUUCAAUAAAUAUUCUUUUUUCUCUGAGCAGAGGGUGAACAAAUUUAAAGUUGCCCAAAGGGAUGGACAUUUUAGAGUGAUAUCAUGCAUAUGUAUUAUGACAAAGUGAAACUUUCCAAAAAUGUGCAGUUAAAAAUAUAUUUGUUUUGCUGCUAAGACCUGAGAAGAACAAUAAAGGCCAUGCUAAAAAGAACACAAAUACAAAUGAGUUUUAAUGUGUCACACAGUUUCAUGCAAUGCUUAAAACUUAUGGGGGGGGGGACUCAAUGAGUUUGGUGUAAACAGAGGAAUGUGUGUGCCAGG